ACAUCGAGUAUCAAACUUCAGCGAUCGAGGGACCGUAACAGACCAAUACACUAGAGGGCGCACAACACACGUAUAUUAAUACACAACAAGUACAGACGCUACAACAAACCGGCACCAGACAGCAUCGCUCACAUAUCCAAAGACCGCUUGUAUAGCUAGAUAUUGAUUGAAUUUCUCAACACACUUGGAAAAUGGAUCUCAUGAAAAGCGAUUUUUUCGACAAGAAUCUCGCAGAAAUGGACAAGGAAUUCGACACUAUGAGCUCUUCUAUGAGUUCUAUGAAAUCUAUGAGUUCAACUUCAACUAUGAAGAGUUCGAGCUCCGCUUUCGACUCCCCCAUGCUCAAGGGUAGCUCGAUGGGUGCAAGUGAUUCUCUCAUGGGAGCUGGAAUUGGCGGGGGACGGCUCGUGCCAACAACAUUUUUCGACUGGAAUUUCUUCGAUAGACAAAAAUCCAUGUUCUCAGAUAUUAGCAUGGACUUUGACAACGAUUUCAAGAAAUUUGAUCUGGAAUUGGAGAGUAUGAGAAAAAGUAUGUUCCGAUUUGAUGGUGACCCAAUGCUGAAGGUCGACCAGCCGUAUGUUGAAAGCCGUUCCGGAAGUAAAAAACUUUCUUUGACCUUUGAUGUAAGUGGAUACGCACCCGAAAACAUUCAUAUUAAGACUGUGGACAGUAUGCUCACUGUACACGCAAAGCAUGAAGAAAAGUCUCCGGGAAAGUCCGUCUACCGCGAGUUUACUAAGUCCUAUACUCUCCCCAAGGCCAUUGAUCCCCUGGCACUGACAUCAUCACUUUCAGCAGACGGUGUCCUCAGCAUCGAGGCUCCAGCUCCCCGCGAGGUCGUGGCCAAGAAGGAGCGCUUUGUCCCCAUAGAACUUCUCAAGCCUUUGUGAGUGUCACAGCGACGGAAAUGUAUAGUAUUUUGUGAUUUGCUGGUCAUUUGUACAGUAUUGUUAUUGUAAUGGAUACAUAUUUUUGUUAUGCAUUUUGAAAAUGUGGAAACCGCAGAAAUAUAAGGAUGAUUUUUUUCGUUUUCAUGAUUGUGGACAUUUGAACUUGGAGACAUUUCCGGUAUUGACGGAGGAUAAUUUCAGGAUUUGUGUUUAUAAUCAGUUUCGACCGCUGCGGGACCUUUUUUUUACUGCCAAAGAAACAAUUAAUCAGUGAACGUUAUCAUUUUCAGAAGAAAAAUAUAAGUGGAACAUUCCAUUUGUGAAGGGACGGAGGGGACAGCCUGUGGUUUGUUGUCAGCUAUACUACCGUGUGUUGUACGGUGUUCCUUGUUUUUAUUUAUUUUUGUCAUUAUUGUGUACAGAAAUGUGCGCAUUCCCUCAUUUUGUAUUUUGUAAAUCAUUAAAUUAUUUUUAAUUUGUUGA